GCUCCUCCAUCUUCUUGUGGCGCAGGGAAGGGGCAGGCCCGGGCGGGAGGAAGGAUGCCCGCCAAUUGAGCGCCUCGCCUCCCGUCCCAGAAGGAGGCCGGUCGGCCCAGAUGCAAAGCAACCAGGGCGACGGCAGCGCCUCAGCGGAGGGGCAGCCCCAGCCUGCGCCUCCCGCCGCCUCGCCGACCCAGUCUCCAAUGGCGCUGGCUGGGCCCGAAGAGGGCAGCGGCCGCGGCGGAGCCCCGGGCCCCGAAGGCGCCCUCAGCCUUAACCCUGGGCAGCAGCUGCAGGAGGAGAUGGAGAAGCUGCAGGAGGAGAACGAGGCCCUCAAGAAUGAGAUAGAUGAGUUGAGGACUGAGAUGGAUGAGAUGAGGGACAGCUUCUUUGAAGAGGAUGCCUGCCAGCUGCAAGAAAUGCGCCACGAAUUGGAGAGGGCCAACAAAAACUGCAGGAUCCUUCAGUACCGUCUUCGAAAGGCAGAGCGCAAGAGGCUCCGCUAUGCACAGACCGGGGAGAUUGAUGGAGAACUUUUGCGAAGCUUGGAGCAAGACCUGAAGGUUGCAAAAGACGUUUCAGUGAGACUUCACCAUGAGUUGGAAAACGUGGAAGAAAAACGUACCACCACAGAAGAUGAAAACGAAAAGUUAAGACAGCAGCUGAUAGAAGUAGAGAUUGCUAAACAGGCUCUGCAGAACGAACUUGACAGGAUGAAAGAGCAAUCCAUGAAAAGAAGAGGAAGCAAAGACUUGCAAAAAUCAGAAAAAAAGUCACAACAGACACCCACUGAGGAGGACAAUGAAGAUCUGAAAUGCCAGUUACAGUUCAUCAAAGAAGAAGCUACCCUGAUGAGGAAAAAGUUGGCCAAAAUAGACAAGGAAAAGGACAGAUUUGAACAUGAACUACAAAAAUAUCGGUCAUUUUAUGGUGAUCUAGACAGUCCCUUACCAAAAGGGGAGGCUGGAGGCCCACCUACCACAAGAGAAUCAGAACUCAAGCUUCGUCUGAGGUUAGUAGAGGAAGAAGCCAAUAUUCUGGGAAGGAAAAUAGUGGAGCUGGAAGUAGAAAACAGAGGGCUGAAAGCAGAGCUUGAUGACUUGAGAGGAGAUGAUUUCUCAGGGGCAGCCAACCCGCUCAUGGGGGAGCAGAAUGAAUCACUCUCUGAGUUACGGCAGCAUCUGCAGCUAGUUGAAGAUGAAACGGAGCUGCUGAGAAGAAACUUGGCUGAUGUAGAAGAACAAAACAAGCGCAUCACAGCAGAGCUGAACAAAUACAAAUACAAGACUGGGGCUCAUGACAGUUCAAGGCAUCACGACAGCGCCAAGACAGAAGCGCUCCAGGAAGAGCUCAAAGCUGCCCGCAUGCAGAUCAAUGAACUCAGUGGUAAGGUCAUGCAACUUCAGUAUGAGAACCGAGUCUUGAUGUCCAACAUGCAGCGCUAUGACCUGGCCUCUCAUCUAGGGAUCCGGGGCAGCCCCAGGGACAGUGACGCUGAAAGCGAUGCGGGGAAGAAAGAAAGUGAUGAUGAUUCUCGUCCUCCACACCGCAAGAGGGAAGGUCCCAUCGGUGGAGAGAGUGACUCAGAGGAGGUCCGCAACAUCCGUUGCUUGACCCCCACUAGAUCCUUCUACCCAGCACCAGCAGGGUGGCAGAAAAGCUUCACAGACCGGCAGCAAGUGAAGGACAUCCGCUGCGAAGCGGAACGCCUUGGCAAGACGAUUGACCGCCUGAUUUCGGACACAAGCACCAUAAUAACAGAGGCAAGAAUUUAUGUGGCAAAUGGGGACCUGUUUGGACUUAUGGAUGAUGAAGAUGAUGGCAGUAGGAUACGGGAGCACGAACUUCUUUACCGAAUAAAUGCCCAGAUGAAGGCAUUUAGAAAAGAGCUCCAGGCCUUUAUUGACACACUAGAAGUUCCAAAGUCUUCAGAUGAUCGAAGUACAGAUGAACCUUUGUCAGUGAGUCAGGAUAUGUGUGUAACUGGAGCCCUUUCCCCUCCUCACUGCAUUCACUGCUAUGUUACAUCUGAACUGAAAUACUGCUGAAAGGAUUCUUCCUCUUCAAAAGAAAGUACGUGUUUCCUUUCCUGGGAGAAUAUGCAGAAAACUGAAAUUGCACUAAUUACGCAAGAGGUGAAACAUGUGCAACGAGAACACACAAGCAGCUUCGGUUGCAUUUGAAACAGGAGAAGAAAAUAAUGGGAAGGACUUGAGUGGCACCAGCAGUUGUUUGAAGGAGAUGCAGUCUGAUGCUCUUGCUGAGGUUGAUUAAUUAGACAAAAAGGAAGAAGGGUGGGGAGAGCAGCGAGGAGGGAAAUGCAUCCCUUCAAAAGGUAUUUCUCCCUUGUUCAACAAGCUCUCUCUGCACAGGUUUCUGGAGCAUUAGCAAAAGACAUAAUGCACAAAAGCAGUGGUAAGACCCAAGAACGUCCAGAUGGAAAUGAAUUUAUUAAUCCAUCUUCUGCAAAGCAGUGUCCUGAUUCAGUGCCACUAGUGAAGAGUGGAAAUGUGUCAGUGGUUCUGCAGUGGUCAUCUAAGAAAGGGAUCCAUCCUUUGAAUGAAAGCUGCCAGGAGGAUUUUCUCACAGCUUGUAGCCUUGCGAUGCUAGCAAAUUUGGGAAGUCUUCUAAAAAUGGCUCUUCCCCUUGCUCUAUCCGGAAGAGUGGUUCUGAUGUUUGGGGAGACCAUGAACCCAGAUGACAUGACAAGCCAAGAUUUGUGGGUUGUUGCUCCCAAAGCAGCAUGGCCAAGAGCAUGGGAGAAUGGAGACUUUUGAGCAUAGAACUAUCAGUUAACAUGUGCAGCCAUAGCCAAUGUGCGAUACGGAACUGGAAAGAUGUAAAUAAAACACUGGAAGCAAAAGUGGAUGAGUAGGCCUAAAGGCCUAAAAUGGGCUGAAAUAGAACCAGAAUGCUUCUUGUACCACCUGGAGAACCAAAUGCCCACCACAUAUAGCGGGACUGUAUGACUAGCAGAGCACCAAAUGAAGAGUCUUUUAGAAAGAGGUACCUGUGCAAAUCCUGCAAAGCUUAACAGAGCAACAAAAGUAACUAAAUUGAUUUCUGGGUGGCUGAGCUGACUCAAGAUCCCGCUAUGUUGUGCUGGAAAAGCUUCAAAAGAGCUAUGGGAGGGGGGGAAUUGACUUUCUCCUGCAAUUCAAAGUUCCAUGAAGAGCAGUGAGUAGAGUCAGGUUCUGAAUUUGCCAGAAUGGUAGGAAUGAGAAACUGGGACAGGAAGGCUGAGGAAAGCAGGACCGGCAGAAGAAUUCAACCAAGUACAUUGGCGUUUACUCCAAGUAUGGCAAAGAGAAGCAAAAUUUUGCAUGAGGUGUCUUUGCCAGCUAAACAGUCAAUUGGGAAAAGUUUCUCUCAGCCAACUUGACAAGCGACUAGAUGGGACCUGCAGGUCAGCACCACAUGCAGUGUGAAGGAUAGCCUGGAAUUGACACACUCCUGGGUUUUUAUUGAGAGAUCCCAGUGGAUGCAAACUCAAAAGAUAAUUCAAUGCUGUUGUGAAAACUCCAUACCUCACCUGGACUCUCAUUUUCAUGUUCCUAACCGUGGCAAGUUCUAUUGCAAUCGUAUGUUGGUCAAUGAUGACCCCACCUUUUUGACUUUGCUGGAGAAGCAUAUUGGAUUCGUAGAUCAUCCUUAGAGUCUUCAGUGUUUUUAACAAUAAGAACGCCCUUCCCCACAUGUGUAUAUAUAUCCUUUCGUAGCUCACAGCCGUUUUUGUUUUCAAUUACACGUGCUGAUGUUCAUCGCCUCCAUCAUUUUUUGUAAUUUAAAUAAUGUACAGCUCUGUAUAUUCUGACUUUCUCUGCAAACAGCGGGAAGAAAUGCUGUACGCAUGGUCAUGUGUUUGUAAGUGCAUGUGUUGGAAUAGGAAGUAUACCAGUCUGUAUUUAGAAGAGACAAAAUCAGUACUAGUACUGACACUGAAAUUAUAGGCCUACACACACACACACACACACACACACACACACACACACACACCCUAACUUUGUGGUUUAUUUUGAAGGUUAGAAAAUACAUAGCUCUGGUGAUAAUUAUAUUUUGUAUAUAUUUUACAGGUUUCACAGGUCUGAUCUAGUAUUUGAUAUACAGAAACUGACAAUAGGCUUUUUGUUUUUGUUUUUGUAAAUGGAUAGUAGUGAUAAGGCAUUUGCACAAUAUUUACCAGAGGCAGAAUAGCUCAUUGGAUCAAUUCCUCAUUCAUGGUUGAUGCUCUUUUCCCCCCCUGCUUCACUUCUCUAAACAUUGCAGUGCUAGGUCAAAAUCAGCUGGGCCUAUUUUUCUGAAUUAAAUGAACUGCUGCUCGUAACUGCAUUAGCCUACAUACCUAAAAAUGAUCAACUUUCAUAAAGCGCUUACACCUGCCAUUCGUUGUCACAUUGCUUGGAGACUAAAUUCCAGUGCAUUUUUAUUUGCAGUGUGCAGUGUGUGUUGCACAGAGGGGAAAGGACAAGACGGAUGGCUGCACAAUAUCUUUGUGGAGAACUCACCCUUACAAGAAAUUCAGGGCUUCUGCUACAACUGGCCCCAAGUCUUGAGAUGCCCAUUUCCCUCACCUGCAGAACGUGAUAAGGAGCUGAGGUGGGAAAACACUACCUGUUACAGUGUCCAGAUAUGAAGUUAGAUUAACUCCAUAACAUUGCGGGGGAAGGACAAAUUUUCCCUUUCCUCUAAAAUUCUGUUUAUUAAGAUGCAGCCAAGCCAUUUAGGCAAGUGCUGUCAGGGUUUGCUGAAUGUCUGGGCUUAAAGCUAAACUGGGUGGAUUUUGUACAGCUCCUCCUCCUCCCCAUUACAUUGGUCCAGACUGCAGUCAGAGGUCUGGCAAGGCAAAGUUUGUUUGGAACACAAGUAGAAGCUGUUGAAGUACAGUGGUCUACUUCUCUUCUGCUUUUCUUAAUCUCCAGCUGGGCUUCAGAUGUCCAAGGCAAUUGCACACAUUCUGCUCCCAUGGGUGAUACAAGCAGCUCUCUGCUGUGAGGUUUGCUUGCAUUUUGGCAUAAAGUACAUGCUGAAUCCAGAUAACUUUUCUGACUUGCCAGAAUAUUUAGACUGAUGGCAUUGGAAGUAUCUAUUUGUCAUAACCCGUCUCUGUGUUUUGGGCUAUUAGUGUGCUGUGUACAUGGCCUGGCUUGUUUCCCUUCCCAGCAGUCUUAAUGAAAUAUAGAUCCUGCUGAGAUGCCUUAUUUUAAGUAUCAUAAAAAUGCCUUCUUUUUAACCUUCUUAGAACUACAUAGGAGGAGCAAACAGCAAUCCACUCAGCUUACUUAGGAACAAAGAGGCAGUUCUGUUACAUCAGCCUGGUUUCUUACAUUUCCCUUCUCAACUCCAACUAAGUACAGGUAGCAUGUUCACAGACAUUUCGGGCAAGCUUUCAGCAUCCACUAAUAGCUCAGUUGGUUAGAACAUGGUCCUAAUGCCAAGGUUGCAGGUUUGACCCUCAUACGGGUCAGCUGCACAUUUUUGCAUUGUAGGGGGUUGGACGAGAUGAUCCUCAGGGUACCUUCCAAUUUGAUGUUUCUAUGAUACCAUUUUGCUUAAUGGGCAUUUUCUUAAGGUUGCAAAGAGAGGGACUUCUGUUGUCUUGUAAGGUGACUGUAAUACUCUUGGGGAAGUUAUUGUGCUAAUCCAGAUAGUGAUUCUAUUACCGUCAUUGUGUCAGUAAAAGAACCAGAGAAUAGACUAGUUUAUAUACUGCACUAAAGUUUGUGGUUUUUUUUAAAUCAAAAUUCUGUGCUACGUAAUUCAUGCCAACAAAAGCGUUUUCUCCCUUCCCCCAAAGAAUUAUAUCUUUCUAAUCUACAUAACCAGAUAUUUGAAUUCUAUAAAUAGGUAGGUAGGUGGUCGAUUGUUUGAUUUUUGGAUAUAAACACUCAGCCUGAUAAAACAGAGCUCCCAUUGCAAAUAGUACCCAGUGGCUGCAAGGGAAGCUUCAGUGCAAUGUGUUAUCUAUCUACAUCUCUUUUAAAUGGAUAAUGGUGUGAAAUGUGUUUAGCAUUGUAUAAAGAAAGUUUGAGACUAAACUUUGUGUAGCGUGUGGGUUCUGGUGUGCUGUGCUCACCUCCUGGAACUUCCAAGGAAACAAAACAGACUUAUUAAGACUCUUUCUCCCCCCCCCCCCACUGGUUAUGGGUUUACCAUAUUGGCAUAGCUUACCUCCUCCAGCCUCUUGUGUUGGUCUUCUGGCUUCCACUGCUCUCUGGACUAGGAAGAGGAGCUGGUAGUGGUAGCAGAGAAGGAUAAAAGGAAGAGCCAGGCAGGACAGCAAGUGGUGCAGUCCAGAGAUGUUUACAGAGGGACUGACAAGUUGCAGCUGAGCUAAAUCUUGCUGCUGCAGUUUCUGUAACCCUGUAGGUUUGUGUCAGUGGGAAACUAGCAAACAUUAGGUACUAAAUGUCCAUUUUCUGCUUGAUCAGACCUUGCUGAGUGCUUCCCUAGCUCUAGAAAAAUUUCUGAAGUAUAUUAAAGAACUGCAGUCCUAUGAUCCCUUACUUGGAGUAUGCUCUGGCAAGCAAAGCAGGAUUUACUUUCAAGUUAAGAUUGGUCUGACAUGCUGAAAUCCUGAGCAUAGUUACUCGGGAAUAAAUCCUAUUAAUCACAUUUGGACUGAUUUGGGAGUAAACAUGCCAGAAAUUUGGCUGCACCUGAAUUUCCCCCCCCCUAAUAGACUUUCUAAACUAUUCUUUUUGUUUUAGACCAUCGUGAUAGAAUUCCUUUUCCAUUCUGUGUCUUUUUCCCCAGCUUCACAAACAUAUAUUGAGGCAUUCCUUUGCUGCCCUGCUUUUGAGGUGUGUCUUUGUGUUUGGCAUUGCCAUUGAAAUAAACCAAACGUGUGUUUUAUGAACCUUGCAUGAGAAUGAAGUAAGACUGUCUAAACUGCAACAGAACCAGCUAUCUUCUUGGGCACAGAGGACUCUGUCAUCAAGUGGCUCACGCUACCAACUAUUAAAAUGUUCGUAUGGUGAGGCAUGUGGGGAAACCCUGGAGUCUGAAAAUAGGCUUGAUGUAGGCACCCCACUAUUUGAAAACUUAGUUUAUUUAAAAAGUGGGCUUUUAGGGUGCCUGGGAGCAGGAACAGUGGUUGAUAAAGCUCCGAUAUUUGGAACGGCGAACAGCCCAAAGUUCUCUCCAAAUUUGGAGUCGCUCAGUGCAUAUUUGUGUGCCAGGUGCUGCUUGUCUGUGCAACCAGCAUCCAGUGCAAGAUUUUGGAAAGCCCACAAUAUAUUGGUCUUGUAUGGCCAGAGGGGAAGCCCCUGGAACCUGAGAAUAGGCAUGAUCCCCCUUCCGUUGUUAAAACACAAAAGGGGAAGGUUUUUGCCUAGUUUUGCACUAACCACAUCUCUGUAAUAUGUAGCUCUUUGUGUGAAAACAAAAGCAUACCUCACAGUGGUUUCCAAGAUGAACAGGACUGGACAGCAAUACGUGCUCCGAUGAUGAGUACACCUCCUGGAUGAGAGCUCCCACAGUCAAUUUCCUAAUUCCAAAGUUGACUGCCAGCUCCCAGCAGCACUUCAGGGUUGCCAGCCACCAUAUUGAAAAUACAACCUGCUUCUCAACUGGAAUGGCACACCAUGUGACUAGGGUUUAUUCGGAGUGGUGGCCUAAGGAGCUCGGCCCUCUCAAAGCUGCAUAGUUCAUCCUAAUGUAAGCCAUCCUAUUAAGUUAACAUUUUGUAUAAGAACACAUUUGGUUUAAAAAGGCUGCUGUUGACUAAUAUGUCAUAGAAAAAGACAGACUUUCUUUUGAGGAAUCACACUUGUCUGUGGGGUUAUCAGCUAUAUAAAUCCAGCACAAGGAACCUCAGCUGGUGGUAAGCAUUACUUUCUGGGCACAUUUUCUCUAAUUCGCCUGCGUGCUAGGAACAGAUGCUGCAAGUGAACACUGCCACCGUGUGGUUGUGUUUAAUGUUUAUGGGGGGAUCACUGCUAAUGAAAUUAUAGAGGCAAAAUUUUCCAUCUUCAAAAUACUAGGUUAAGGCCUGAUUCAGAAAUAAGAUGUUACACUUGAAGACAAUGCACUAUUUGCUUUUUAGUCAUGUGGUACAAUAUGAAGGCACAUUAUAUAGAACUUUGCUAAACAGUCCUGGGCCUAGACCGUGUCUGAAUUGGAGGUUGCUAGGAAAGUUUAUAUAUUCUGCUUUCAGCUGCAUGGAAGACGGUGGGAUAUUAAUGAGUUAAUGACCGAUAACAUUUUGUUGGUGUAAUGUGAACAAUGGGUAAAACUGCACAGUGCUUGGGCUCAUGUCUUGAGGUGCACAUCCCCCAUCCCUGGAAGUUCUGAGAUAAGAUGCCAGGUGCACUGGGUUACCAUAGCAACACCAAUGAGGCUGAGUCAUUCACCCUCCCAAUGGUUCGAGAUAUAUGCCUACAUGUAGAGAUGGGUAUAAUAGUCUCUAGGGUAUCGAUUUCAUUAUGUCUCGCCAUGUCUGUCCUGUUUGCUGUCAGGGUCUAACUCUGAAUCUGUGAGAGUCAGGGGAAGAGGUGGUAGGUUUUAACACAACAGCAUUAGCUACCAUGGUGAUAGUGGGUCUCUCUGUACUUACUUAUCUUUAUUCCAAAGACCAAAAGAACUAUAUAUUGUAGAUAGUAGUGUCUAGCUUUGUCUUGUGUCUGGGGACAACAAACACUUUGUUACUUUGAACUGUAUGGGAGAGGAUUUUUUCCUUUAACCGGGGUCUCUGGAAUAAGCUAUCUGCUGGAAAACAAAAUCUCUGAAGACUCUGCUGGGGCUUCUCAAACUCUGCUGAUACAUCACACUGCUUGGUGAACUACCAACUGACUUCCACAAGUCAACAAUUUCCCCCCUUUUCUCAGCAUCUUUAUUUGAUAUGAUUUUUUUCUUAAAAACUACAAUUUCAAAUAGUGUUUUUUUCCUUUUAUAGUGCAUGCCUCAAAUAAUUGUAAGCUUUAAUUGGGUGACUGUCAAUCAUUCCAAAGUUUUGUCAUUAUAAAAAUUUAUUAUUAUUA